AUGCUACACCUAGAUGAUUCCAGCUCCAUGGAGCCCCUAACCUCCCGCUCUAUGGCGUCAUAUUUCGACGGUGCGAUAGAGAGCGUGACGGAGGUGUUGGUGAGAUGCAGCGCCAGAAUGACCUUACGCUUCGUCGACAGCGUUACCGUUAUCCUUGGUGUUAGGAAGUUGAAGCUGAUACUUGACCACUGCAGUUUCGGUCCGGCUGACAAUGAAGAGCCUCCCAUGCGGUUCAAAUCCAUAGCCGCUGCUUUGGAAUUGACAACCGCUAUGAUGCGCGUUCCGUUCGAACGAAUCAUGAUUGUUGCAUACAAGAAGAGUGUCUUCCGCUGCUCAACAAAUUUGAUGGCGUGA